CCAAAAGCUUAGGUAAAGUGAUUGUUUCGGCUCUUCUGUUAUCUCAGGAGGAAAUGGAGUCGUGGGGUUACUGUAUUCCUUGUUAACAUCAGCUCCUUUUCAGAUAGGAUUCCUCAGUUUUAGAAGCUGACCCAGUGCAGGUGUUUCUGCACGAGGGAGAUGCUCAGGAUCCCAGUGGCGUCAGCUUGGUCUUCUGUUCCACACCUCUGUACCACUUUCGGCGGCGUGCAAAGAAUCCUUUUCAGAAUGUUUUAUGCUGUGAGGACUGGUCGAAAACCUGGAGUCUAUAACACGUGGGAAGAAUGUAAAGCACAAGUGGAUCGGUUUCCUUCUGCCAGGUACAAAAAGUUUGCAAGCGAAGAGGAUGCUUUGGAAUUUGUCGGAAGCGUUAAACAAGCUCCAUGUGUUAGUGGAGAAGGUAGUUGUGUGCCGAGUGUCUCUACAGAAAAAGUAAAAGCAGAAAAUGCAAAACCCUUGUACAGAGCCAAGCGACCACUUCCUCAGGCAUCACAACCCUCUGGCAAGCGAACUAAGCUGAUAGACAUCUGCUCUUUAAACAGUGAAUCAUUUAAGUACAUGGGUGAUUCAGUAGUUGUAUAUACAGAUGGCUGCUGUUCGCAAAAUGGACGCUUUAAGGCAAAGGCUGGGAUUGGUGUUUUUUGGGGUCCAGGCCACCCACUGAAUGUAGCAGAAAGACUUGAAGGAAGACAGACAAACCAGCGGGCUGAAAUACUGGCAGCGUGCAAAGCAAUAGAACAGGCCAAAAGUAACAAUAUCACAAAACUUGUUCUCUACACUGAUAGUAUGUUUACAAUUAAUGGUAUUACUAAAUGGAUUCAUUCCUGGAAGAGCAAUGACUGGAAACUGAGCACUGGCAAGAAUGUUAUAAACAAGGAAGACUUUGAAAAGCUUGACAAGCUCACUGAAGGCAUUGAUAUUAAAUGGAUUCACAUUCCAGGCCACGCUGGUUUUGGAGGAAAUGAAGCAGCUGACAGACUUGCUAGAGAAGGUGCUAAGAAAUUACCUGAAAACCAGUAGCACUGGCCCAUAUUAAACACGAUCCCAUACUACUUUGUAUAUAUGUAUCAAUAAACUGAAUUACAGAUAGCUUUUGCAAUAUAACUGUUUACAAAAACAUACAUUUAAUUUAAUAUUAGAACUAUUUUUUCUUGUGUAUAUUUGUACCAUCUUUUUUGUUUAAAACUUUGUGUGCACAGUGUGCUGUGGUUGGGUUUGUUGCGAGCAAUUUGUACAGUACCUUAAAGAUUGUUAAAAAGUUUCUCUGGAUUUUUAGCUAUUAUUAAAUGUUGCUUUAGUUUCUUACUACUA